AUGAGAGACCCAUCUCUAGGCAGCAAUGUAUCUUUGGAGGGGAUGCUUUGCAUUUUUAGAGGAGAGCAAAUGGUUUUCUCCAAUAAGGAGCCUCCUCAACUGCUUUUUAAUUUGAUUAGAGGACUUGAAGAUAUCGGACAGAGGCUAUUUACUGAGCAUUUAAGGUUGGUCAAAGCACCGCCAUUCAUUUUCGGGGUAUUUCAUGAAAAUGAAACUGUUGUUGUGGUUAUUGAAAAGACAGAAGAUAAAGUUUAUGACAGCUAUGAAAAAUGCAAAAGCGUAAUUGACAAAUACAAAAAUGAAGCUUUAGUGUAA